GCCGGGCUGGGGACGGGGUCGUCCGACGCGGGGCUGGAGGCCCCGGUGAGGGAGGAGACGCCGACGACCUGGAGGUGGACGGAGGUGGACGGUGUGGCUCGCUGGCCUGAGGCCGAAGUUGCGGAAGCUGGUCCCCGGGGCCCCGAGGUUUGGGGGAGAGGGUGGCCGAUGUGUGAAACCACCUGAAGUUGGGGACAGACUUAAUUAAAUAUUUAAGACACCCCGCGUUGGGAGAGCAGACCGGUCGGGGCCGGGACCCUGAGAGCUGAAGGAGAGAGAGGACCCGAUGCCGGGAGGCCGGAAGACUGCUGUGCUCCGAGGAAAUAAAGCAGGGUUCUGCUGUAGAGAAACGGGGCUGUAGAGGAGGCGGGAUGCGGGACGGCCCAAAGGAAAGUUAGUUCUGGUUCUGGAACAUCAGUCUUAGAUGGGACCUUAGAAGGAACUGACGCUCUUGGAAAGAUUAUAACACCGCAGCCCACCGAGACCAAAAUAAGUUUGAUAUUUGAGAGCCAAGUUAUUUUGGUGCUCUUCUUAAAGCAGAACGUCAAUAAAUAGCAAUGGAAUGAAAUUGUUUUCCUCACAAUUAGAAUCGAGUAGGAGCGUAAGACACCUGACUCCUGUUGCAGGAAUUACCACAUGCGAUUUUGUAACCCACCCACUUGAAUGUAGAGAUGUAGUUUUUUCUCUUUUCCUCAUAGUGACUUUUACCCCAGAUAAUAUUAAUUCGUCUGUUAUAUAACCAUCCAUCCAUCAUCUUUAAAUAAGUUACAAAACAGUAUAAAGAACUGGGCAUGGAUGAAUGGAUUUCAGAAUUUUUUAAUGUGUUCUCCAAGACAGUAAGAAACAUCAAAAUUGAAGCAAGCAAAACAUCCAUAUUGAACAAAUUCAUAUAUUUUUUAACACCUCCAUUCAUCUAUAUGGCGUACUUAUCUUUUGUAUAGAUCUUCAGCAGUCUAAUAAAAAUUCACCUGAAAAUCUUUAACAAAAAAAGAUAAAGAAGUAGGUUCUAAAAUAACAGAGAACAGAACAUUUUUGCUCUAAGUUCUUAACUGAGGAAAUUUACUGAAAAGGGACAAGGAAUUUAGGUCUGCUCUCCUUGUAGCCAAGCAAAAAGGGAAAAGAGGGAGAGCUCUUUAAUAUUCAUUGUUCUCUAACAGGAAGUAUACCUCUUGAUCAGGAAAGAGAGUAUUUACCCCUAGUUUUCAGAGGAAUUUGUCACCUUGGUCUUUAUAUGAACGACAUUGAGCAAUGUAGUGGACAAUUUCUUCAAUAGCAAUUUAGGAAAAAUACAAAGAUAUUCUACAUGUAGCUAUUAUAUUGCUCUAUAGAACAAUGCCCAAGGCAUAGUGUUAUAAUUUUGUCAAGGUAAUUCUGUACUAAAUAAGGAUCAGGAAUGUGUAGUUCUGUAAACUGACUUGACACUAGGGUUAGAGUCUGGAGAAUCCUGAGAAAUUGUUAACAUGUAGAGGAGAGCAUUCCUCUUGAAUAACAGUUGUUUCCUGUAGGCUUUUGACAGGAUCUAUCUGAUAGAUACCUGUUGAAAUAGUUACAGAGGUUUAUUAGAUACCCAGUGAAGCCCUUCUCCUAAGCCUCAUCAUUUACAGGAGUUAUGUUUUCCUGCUUCCUGGACUUGUUGCCUUCACAUGGCAUAAUUCAUGCAGUAAAAGGUCAUUCUUUCAAAGUACUAAUCUUCAAGGCUGUGGUAACCAGAAAAGAGAGAGAGACCUAGUUCAGCUGCAGAGUGGUUGCUGGGGGUAAACAGAUUGUCACCACCGAUUCCACAUGCCAUCACUCAGGGCCUCUGGAGAAGAGCCUUUUGAACGUAAACCUAAUAAAAGUGUGAAGAACAUUCUUGAGAAUGAAAGAGAAAGUAUUUGCAAGAAGGCAGAUGGAAUGUAAAGGAGGGGAAUUCUUAUUGCACUAAAAAUAGAUGAAGAAUGACUUCAGGCAUUCAGAGCAGGAGAAAUUAGGAAUGAAGGGUGGACAGAAAAUGAGCUGCUUUAAGGAAGAAUUAAGGACAAUUAUGUCACGACUGGAAUAGGAAUUUUAGAGCUAGACCUAUUUCCCAUUGCCAGGAAAGACCACUCUGCCAAAAUACUUAUGUGUCAAUUAAAGAAUAUAACCCUGGUGGUAUUUUCACCGCUCAGUCCUUAGAGCCGUGGUUCUUAACUGGAGUUGAUUUUUCCUCCAGGCAACAUGUGGCAGUAUCUGGAGAAAGUUUUUGGUUGUCGCACUGAGAGGGAGCAUGUUACUGGCACCUAGAUGGUCGAGGCCAGGGAUGCUGAAUGUCCUACAAUGUACAGGAGAAGACUGAUGUGGAAGGAACCUUAUUUGUUUACACAAGAUCUGCUUCUCCAAAGCAUGGGUUUACCAUUAUGAAUAGGCUGAGCAUGGAAAAUAGGACAGAACCUAUUACUAAAGAUCUGGAUUUCCAGCUCCAGGACCCUUUCCUUCUCUACAGAAAUGCCAGAUUGUCCAUUUAUGGAAUUUGGUUCUAUGAUAAGGAGGAAUGCCAAAGAAUUGCAGAGCUUAUGAAAAACCUAACUCAAUAUGAACAGUUGAAAGCCCAUCAGGGAGCUGGAGCAGGAAUCUCCCCAGUGACCCUCAGUUCAGGAGAGGGCAAGGAAGUAGAUAUCUUACGAAUGCUCACCAAGGCCAAAGAUGAAUAUACAAAGUGUAAAACCUGUUCUGAGCCAAAAAAGAUAACCAGUUCAUCUGCCAUCUAUGACAACCCCAAUCUCAUCAAACCAAUUCCAGUGAAGCCCAGUGAAAACCAGCAACAGCAUAUACCUCGGCCCAGCCAGACCUUAGACCCUGAACCCCAACACUUGUCCUUGACAGCUCUCUUUGGGAAGCAGGACAAAGCUACAUGUCAGGACGCUGUGGGGCCUCCACAGACCCUCCACCACCAGCAGCAGCCGCAGCAAGAGAGGUUUCCAAUUAGGCAGGGGGUUGUACGCUCCCUGUCGUAUGAGGAACCCAGAAGACACUCACCUCCUAUUGAGAAGCAGCUCUGUCCGGCCAUUCAGAAACUCAUGGUCAGGAGUGCAGACCUCCAUCCGUUGUCAGAGCUGCCUGAAAACCGGCCCUACCAAAAUGGCAGUACCCAUUCUGCUGGCGAAGUUUUUACUGGACCUGUCCAGCCAGGGUCUUCCCAUGGCAUUGGGACUUCUCAUUAUGUAGAAAGUACUUCCGGAACUCAGAAGCUGUUAGAGCAGCUCCAGAGCGCCCCAGGGGCAGUGAACAAGUAUGGCCCUAGUACACCAGCACCUGCAGGCUCAGCUGCCCCGACCUUGAGCAGAACUGUCACAGCCGCCACCCCUGCAGCUCCACUGAAAGGCGUGGCUCAGCCACAACUGGUAUAUUUCAACGGCCCCCUUCCACCUCGGACACUAGGACAUCAGGCCCAUGGAAAAGAGCAGUCCACACUCCCAACACAAACGCUCCCCCUCUCUGGCAAUCAGACUAGCGGCUCUGGAGUGAUCUCCCCUCAAGAGUUACUGAAAAAGCUGCAGAUUGUGCAGCAGGAGCAGCAGCUGCAUGCCUCUCACCGACCGGCCUUGGCAGCUAAGUUUCCUGUCGUCACUCAGAGCUCUAGAACAGGGAAGCCCUUGGCAUCCUGGACUGACAAGACAUCCGGCACAGAGAGGCAGGCUCCUCUCUUUCAGGUCAUCUCACCUCAGCGCGUCCCUGCUACGGUGACUCCUUCUCUGCUCAUGUCCCCUAUGGUGUUCACACAACCCACCUGUGCCCCACCAAAGGAGAGGGAGAGUGGGCUUUUGCCCCUGGGAAGCCAAGAACCAGCUGCUGCCUGCACCAGCCUCCUCCUGCCUCUGCAGAGCCCGGAGCCCUCUGUGAUCCCCAGCAGCCCGCUCACCAAGCUGCAGCUUCAAGAAGCACUGCUGCACCUCAUUCAGAAUGACGACAACUUCUUAAAUAUAAUCUACGAAGCUUAUCUCUUCAGCAUGACACAAGCAGCCAUGAAAAAGACUAUGUGAAAGCAAAACAUUUUAAAACUGAUUUUCAAGGUCCUCCAGCUCAACGUUCUUUCUUGUCAAGUGGUGUUACCCUUAAUGUUUCUGCCUUUUUAAGAAGUAUUGGUGAUAUGAAGUAAAAUGUUUCAGACUUUUUUCAGUCAAGCUUUUUUUUCCUAAUCACAUCCCUCAGGACACCUGGUACUAAGAAUUGAGUGGGUAGAAAAAGUCCUGUGCUCAUAUCACACAGUAAAUGCCAAACUUAAAUUACUGUCUUUCUUAUAUAUAUGGGGCCAUUUCUAGAAGAAUUAGUCUCUCUGUAGGAAGGGUUGUUCUGGGAACUUGUUUUCUUUUUUUAAAUAGCUUCGGUUAUUCUUUGAACACACAGACAGCACAGUUUCCCUGCUGCUGAGCUCCGUGUGCCACAGGGCAGGCCAACCACGAGGUGGCACUGUCACCCCACAGACUAACUUACACAGCCCUCCGAAGCCUGUGGAAGUAAUAAUGGUUUUCUCUUACCAGACAAAGUAAACCUUUCAUUUGUAAAAAUCCAGUUGGCUUGUUUUCCCCAGGCCUUUGAAGGGAAAUUAUUUCUAAAGGUAUUUAUAGCUAGUUUCUAGAGGAUAGUUGUUCUAGGAGUCCACAGAUGGCCCAGAUUUCCAGUAACACUUCAUUUGUCCCAGCUCUUAUUUCUUUUGGACCCAACCAGCAGAAUAUGCCUUCCUCUGCUUCCAAAUGAACAGUUUGUCAUUUUUAGCCAGAUGUGCUGAGAGGAAGGUCACAGAAGAAUUUACAGCCUUUUCUUAGCCUCUCAGGAUAGGUAGUGGAUUGUUCAGGGCCAUGAUGAUAAGGAUUUUUCAAGCUGUGUAGCAGAUUGAUUUUUAUGUUCACAGAGAUGAGGAACUUCAUCUUGGAAGGAGUCAGGAGAGCCCUUGCCAAGUUGUUAGGGCCCAAAAGAGUCCACAGGGGAAUUAGUCCCUGCUGAGUAUUAGUAAUAAAUAAAGCUUUGCAUUUC